AUGAAAGUCAUCAUCGUAGGAGCCGGACUCGGAGGCCUCGCCUGCGCAAUCGCCUGUCGCCGCGAGAAUCUCGAUGUCGUCGUUUUAGAACGGUCGGCCGAAGCGCGCGAGGUCGGCGCAGGGAUCCAGAUCCCGCCCAAUGGCGCGAGAAUUCUCCAACAGCUGGGUGUUCUUGAACAGUUGCUCGAGGUGGGAAGUAUUGUCCAGCAUGUUGAUUUUCGACGAUAUGAUGACGGUCGCGUCUUGCGCUCGAUGCCUUUUGGCGAUGGGAUUGCGGAGGAGUUUGGGGUGCCCUGGAUAAUCAUCCAUCGGGUGGACUUUCAUCGCGUUUUGCUGGACGAAACGACGCGGCUUGGGGGAGAGAUUCGCCUGGAUGCCGAAGUGGCGGACAUUGACUCUGAAGGACCAGAAGUGCUGCUUGCAGGCGGAGAACGAAUCGCUGGAGAUGUUAUAAUCGGCGCUGAUGGCUUGUAUUCACGCGUGCGGGAUUUUGUCCUCGGGGCGCCGCUGAAACCCGAGGAAACCGGCGAUCUGGCAUACCGAGCAACCUUCAAAAAGGAGCAACUCGAACGUCUAAAUGAUCCUAAAGUAGACGAGCUGUGUCAGAAGAUGGCAAUUACAAGCUGGCUGGGACCCGACAAACAUUCCAUCUUUUACCCAGUGCGUGGUGGGAUGGAGUUCAACCUCGUGCUCAUCCGACCGGACAACCUGGAAAAGGGGACUCGGCGGGUACAGGGGGACGUGGAAGAGAUGAGGGGCAGUUACGCUGGAUGGGAUGAGACUCUGGAGAAGCUGAUAUCGUGCGUCCCAUCAGUGACCAAGUGGCAGCUUACAACCUUGCCGGAACUACCGACGUGGGUAAAGGGAUGUGUCACUCUGCUCGGAGACGCCUGCCAUCCAACCCUGCCAUACCAAGCUCAAGGCGCCGCCAUGGCAGUCGAAGACGGCUUCGCAAUCGGCAAAUUGCUCGGCCUGACGAACGAGCAUCUCCAAGACGCACACGGAAGUGAUGCGACUCUGUCUACCAGGGAAACCGCGCAGAGUAUCAUACCUGCCGUGUUGAAGAUAUACGAACACAUACGGAAGGCGCGAACGUCGCGGAGUGUGCGAACCGCUAUGAUGAACCGCAGACUCUUUCACAUUUCGGAUGGGAUCGUUCAAACUGUUCGUGACUUUCUCCUCAGUUACAUGGGCGUGACUCGGCAAAGCGAUUGGUCGUGGCUCUUUUCGUGGCGGAUGAGGCAGAUGCUGUAUCAUGACUUACUCGGGGACUGCGAGAGGGCUUUUGAUGAGUAUCGGCGUGGCCUUUCGCAGCAAUAG